AUGGAAUCAACUCAAGCAGACCCGUUCAACAUGUUCAGAAGUCCUUUUCCAUCCAGACACCUCACCGCCGCUCAAGAUCUCCGAAUCCAAGAGCAAAUUCGAUUUCCUGAGCGAGAGUAUGUUAGCUAUGUCAUAUCAUGCUCGCGAACAGAGAUCAAGUAUGAAGAUGUGUCAAUAGAUACCACAGACUUCAUCCAAGGUUCAUUGGCAUCUUCCCUCGUUUUUAGCGCUAAGAUAGAGGGGACAGCAGACAACCCAGUCAUCACAUGGUUCGUUUUUCAUCACAAAGACCAUGACAAUAAUGCGGCGAAUUUCCUUCGAUGGGUACUCAGCGGUUAUGGUUAUGCGAUUGAAUUGGACAUUGGAUCUCUGCUUCUUCGGGCUGAAGAUUCAGAACGGACUAUACAGACAGUCUGUAGCAGGGCGUAUGCUAGGAGCAUUUGUUACCAGGAUUUUUGGCCACUAUAUCCGCGACUUGUCUACCUUCUGUAUCUUACGAGCAAAAAGAUCAACCAAGAAGAUGCCGACAGUACCAGUGGCGAAUCUGGCGAUGAGGAAUCUUGA